GCUCGCGCGAUAAUAAUAAAUCGGUCUAGUAAUCUUGUAACAGUCUGAAUUAAUAAAUGUGUAAUCUCACAUUUCACGGAAGCAAGUCGUUUCCGUACGAGGUCGGGAUACUUAAGUGUCGAGAAGUAUGACGCUGAUUCUUCCGUCUAUUUCGCUCGAAAUUCUCCGUCAGGACGGCAAUGACAUUAAUGUCACAUGACAAAAUGGGCAGGAUGUGGUCAAUUCAGAUCGGUCUCUGUGUGUGACUCACAUUACACGCGCCUAGCUCGUCCCGGUGCGAUCAAGGGAGUGGAGUGGACCACUAAUCGAACAGUCGCUGCGAGCCGCGCACACGCCUGCCAUGGCGGCUACUAAGGUCACAUACACGUGAGCUGACCUUAGCCCCCAAUUUGUUCGACGGUUCAGUUGAGGAAAUCGUAUUCGUGGUUUUCUGAAUCGCGUCGGAUAAACUAUGGGAAAUCAAAUGAAGGGCAGACAUCAUAACAAUGCACAGCUAAAUCCACCUAGGUCCCGCAGAGAACUGGGUCCGAACCUGCGGUCAAGGAGGGGCAGUCUGUAAAGGCUAGGAGGGGAGAAGGAAGCGAAAGAGAAGGAGGAAGGUCGUCGCGCGCUUGGGCGCGUUUAGUCAACCUGGUGGCGCCGAAGAAAGAACUGUUGGCGACGCCUGUGAGUCGGAGUAACCUGCGAGUUGGAAUUGUCGAGCGUUUCGAAUUAGCGAAGAAAGAGAAAGAGAAAAGCGAAUCCCAACGCGCGAACGCUCGCUCGGCAAGCUACUUUCGAGUGCAGAGUGUUUCGAAUUUGAGAAACUCGGUGUGUUCGAGGUACCGCGGGCGGGUGCGCGCGUUUUGUGAAUCAUUCUUGUAACAGGUGGGACGAGAUGGUGGCCAAAGAUCCGAAGAUGGUUACCGGGAUGGAGCUGAUGAAUCCGUAUGAAAAACCACCGAGCAUGUCGGUCAGCCAGUCUAUGAAGACCUUUCUAUACAAUCGCGAGACCGGCGCGUUUAUGGGCAGGACUGCCAGUAGUUGGGGUAAAAUUGGACUUUUUUACCUGAUAUUCUAUGGUGUUCUGGCGGCGCUCGUUGCCAUUUGUUUUUGGGGAUUCUUUCAAACACUCGAUCCAAGGAUACCGAGAUGGCAACUCGAAAGGUCUAUUAUUGGAACAAAUCCAGGAUUGGGAUUUAGACCAAUGCCACCGACAGAGAAUGUGGAGAGUACUUUGAUUUGGUAUAAAGGCACCGACAACGAAAAUUUCAAACACUGGGUUGAUUCACUACAAAAUUUCUUAAAAGAUUAUAUAACCCCUGGGUCUGUUCUUGGUCUUGGCGCUAACAUUAACAAAUGCGAUUAUAAUCAGCCGCCGCCACCUGGAAAAGUUUGUGAUGUUGAUGUAAAAAAUUGGUAUCCUUGCACUAAGGAGAACAGAUAUAAUUACCAUAAAUCCGCUCCUUGCAUUUUCCUUAAGCUGAACAAAAUUUAUGGCUGGAGACCAGACUUUUACAACGAUACUGAACAUUUACCAGAAAAGAUGCCACUUGAUCUCAAAGAACACAUCGCUAGUCUGAAAGGGAAUAAUUCCUUACAGCUCAACACAAUCUGGGUAUCUUGCGAAGGUGAAAAUCCUGCUGAUCAGGAGAAUAUUGGACCAAUUAAUUAUUUGCCACGACACGGUUUUCCUGGUUAUUUUUAUCCUUAUGAAAAUUCUGAAGGUUACCUAAGCCCACUAGUUGCAGUGCACUUUGUCAGACCACGAACUGGAAUUUUGAUAAAUGUCGAAUGCAAAGCGUGGGCAAAAAAUAUUAAGCACAGUCGUAACGACAAAAUUGGUGCGGUCCAUUUUGAGCUGAUGAUAGAUUAACGAAAUUUAAAAACUGCCUUCGGCACCCUAUGCAAGUCUCUUAAAGUAACACGAGUGUCUUUCGAGAGACAUUAGAGGAAGCCAUUAGGCACCUUCAUCUUCCAAAUAAAAAUAUGAGCAAAUAUUUUUUCGAAGUUGACGACAUGUUGCCCUGAUUGUCUGAAUGACAUUAAUUGAGUACAAAACAAAGCAGUUCUUACAAUAGACAUUUCCGAAACUUUAAAUGGUGGAUUAUGAAAAUCACAAAUUUUGAGAGAUUGCAUAUGAAGAUAUAUCAGCGAGAAUAAUGACUAAAAAGAUGAACGUUAAUAUUAAGAAUU